AUGGGUAUGGUGCUUCAAAAUUUAUGGUUGUAUAUGCAAGGCAAUAUCUAAUGUAGAAACACGUAUUUCUUGUUGAUUAAGUUCUAGUUUUAUGAGGAGAAUGCUCAAAUACAAGUAUUCAUUAGUAUCAGAAGCAGUUGAGGUCUUAUCCAUUUUCUUGCUGCUAAGUUUUGUUCUUGACCCCUCAAAAUGUAAUCAACUAAGCUUGGAAGAGAAAAGAGAACUGGUCCAUGAGAUAGCUCAAUUUUCAGAUAAUGCUUCCGAGAUACUUAGUUCAUUUACUCGCAGGGAGCUUCUUCAAAUCAUAUGUGCAGAGAUGGGAAAAGAGAGAAAAUACUCAGGUUAUAGCAAACAUAGAAUGAUAAAGCACCUCCUGAAGUUAAUUUCUCAAAAGCCUAGGGGAAGCGACAGUGAUGAUUUUUGUCCCAUGGAACAAGUGAGACCUGAACUGGGAUUUAAAAGGAAAAGGCAGAAUCCAACUCCACAUCAACUGUCAAAUGACUUAAACCAAGUUCCUCCUUGGAAUGCUAAAGAAAAAUGCAGUAAAACCAAAUUUUGCCAGAAUGCUGCAUGCAAAACUUCUUUAGCUCCAGAUGAUGCAUUUUGCAAGAGAUGUUCUUGCUGUAUCUGCCACCAGUUUGACGACAACAAGGAUCCUAGUCUGUGGCUAACAUGUGAAUCUGAUUCUCUUGAUGAGAAUGAGUCAUGUGGAAUGUCGUGUCAUCUUGAAUGUGCUUUGACAGAUGAAAGAGUUGGCAUCAUCAAGAGCAAUUGUUGUGUGAAGUUGGAUGGAAGUUUCUAUUGUGUAGCUUGUGGGAAGAUCAAUGGACUAAUGAGAACCUGGAGAAAGCAGUUGUUGGUGGCCAAGGAGACCAGGAGAGUGGAUGUGCUCUGUCUACGGAUCUCUCUGGGUCAUAGAAUUCUGAUAGAAUCUGAGAAAUACAUGGAACUACGGAAGACAGUGGAAACUGCCAUGCAAAUACUAACGAACGAAGUAGGGCCUCUGAAUUUAUUGUGCACAAAGCUGGCACGAGGUAUUGUGAACAGGCUAUCCUGUGGUUCUGAGGUUCAAAAUUUAUGUGCUUCUGUGAUUGAAGCAUUUGAUUCCUUGGUGUCUGAUGAGCCUUGCAAUGAUCAUAUGAAAGAGAAAGAGCCAGCAUCUUGCCAGAUCCGAUUUGAAGAACUAUCCCCAGCCUCAGCUAUAAUUGUGCUAGACUACGCCCAAAAUCUCAUAGAAGGCUUCUUAGGGUGCAGAAUUUGGCACCGUAAAUCUACUGAGAACGUCUAUCCAGAUAACCCAACUUUCAUGGUAUUGAGGCCACAGAAAAGAUUUAAGAUAACAGAUCUCAACCCUUCCACUGAAUAUUUUUGCAAAGUUUCUCUGUUUAGCAGAAAAGGGACAUUGGGUGCAUGGGAAGCAAAAUGGGUAUCACCUGCUUCAAGUGGAAAUUGUAUGGCAACUCUAAAACGUGAAAAGGAAGAACCUCUUACAGCAACUCAAAUUUAUUCUCAAGUGAACUCAACUAACUCAAGCAACAGUGAGCCAGCCUCUGUAGAGCUCAAUGCAAAGUUUCCAUCACUGGAUGAAGCAAGCAAGUGCAAGGAUGAGAGGUUCUACUCACCUCCUUACGUGGAAAAAAAUUCUCCUUUGUGUCCCCCAUCACUUGACCCUUCUACACCUUGUAAGUCGCAGAAAGCAAGGGAAAUACCUGGCUCUAACUGUAAAAAGAGGCUGGAGGAGAGCGACUUUGAAUAUUCCAUAAGAAUUGUAAAAUGGUUAGAGCAUGAAGGGCACAUAGACAAGGAUUUUAGAGUUAAGUUCCUCACUUGGUUCAGCCUCAAAGCAACGAAGCAAGAGAGAAGGGUGGUUAGUGUUUUUGUGAAUGCUUUGAUUGAUGAUCCAGCAUGCUUGGCUGAACAACUAAUUCAUACGUUUAUGGAUAAGAUCUGUGUCCAGCAAAGACCAGUUUCGGGGCAUAGGUUCUGUGCUAGAUUAUGGCAUUAAGUAGAAUGGGAAAUGUUUUAUUGUCAGAAGUGAGAAGGUUUUAGAGGCACUAGUGAAGGCACUAAAAUUUUGGUGCGGAA